AGUGUGUAGAUGGGUGCAGCUGGGUACAGGGCCAGAGAUGGGAACAGUGUGUAGAUGGGUACAGCUGGGUACAGGGCCAGAGAUGGGAACAGUGUGUAGAUGGGUGCAGCUGGGUACAGGCCAGAGAGAUGGGAACAGUGUGUAGAUGGGUGCAGCUGGGUACAGGGCCAGAGAUGGGAACAGUGUGUAGAUGGGUGCAGCUGGGUACAGGGCCAGAGAUGGGAACAGUGUGUAGAUGGGUGCAGCUGGGUACAGGGCCAGAGAUGGGAACAGUGUGUAGAUGGGUGCAGCUGGGUACAGGGCCAGAGAUGGGAACAGUGUGUAGAUGGGUGCAGCUGGGUACAGGGCCAGAGAUGGGAACAGUGUGUAGAUGGGUCAGCUGGGUACAGGGCCAGGGAUGGGAGCAGUGUGUAGAUGGGUGCAGCUGGGUACAGGGCCAGAGAUGGGAACAGUGUGUGGAUGGGUGCAGCUGGGUACAGGGCCAGAGAUGGGAACAGUGUGUAGAUGGGUACAGCUGGGUACAGGGCCAGAGAUGGGAACAGUGUGUAGAUGGGUACAGCUGGGUACAGGGCCAGGGAUGGGAGCAGUGUGUAGAUGAUUUACAUUUACUCUGUAGAUGUAAUGUUAAAUUCAACUGGAGAUUACAACAAACUGAUUCUUCUUCUUAG